UUCAUAUCUCUAAUUCUCUAUUCAUUUUCAAUCCUAUUUCCGUUCCCCUCGCUGCCGCCUUUUUACAACGAAAAGAAGAAGAAGAAGGGGAUCCUACGGCCGCCGCCACGGGAGCUCCUUUCAAUCGCACUAUUCGAGGAGAUGCCUUCCGUUGUGGCGGACGCCAUCAACGCAGUCGGUACCGUAUUCUGGACAACUGUCUAUUUGUUAUACUAUCUAUUCAAAGGAAAGCAAGAAUGGAAGUGUGAAAAGAACAGUCAACCAGUGAUCCAGUACUGCUGUGUCGAUGGAACCCCGUGCUCCGAUCAUCAACAGAAUGGGGUGAGACACAGAAAAAACCCGCCGCCGAUGCCUCCGACGAACAACAAUACAUCAACAUUCAAUAAUCACGUUCAAGAUAAUCACAAUUCGACACCAAAAUCAUUUCAUUCUGAAAAUUCGGGUAUCCGUGGAUUCUUCAAAUCCUUGUGGACCAACGUGAAGAGUGGCUCCGCGAAAAUAUGGGAAUUCGGAAAGAAAGCCGGCCGAAAAGUAUGGAGCACUGUAAAGUGCGGAGUUUUGUUUUUGUGGAAGGUUUUGAAAUGUGUUUUUGGCAUGAUUUACGCAUUUAUUGUAUCGAACAAUGUGCCAUCGCAGACACUUCCAUCUACACCAAAACCGUACACAGCAACGCCUUCCUCGCCAAGUUAUAAUAAGGUGUCUUUCGAAUAUCCACCUGAAAAAUUGAACGAAGCCGAGUUGCGAAAAGUGACGAAACAAGAAAUCGAAGAGGAAGAACCCGAUGAGCCAACUAUUUAUGAGGAUGUUUCAAGGAAAGAAGAAGCUCCAAAGAAGGUACCCGAUACAUCAGAAUCAUUUUAUUAUGAGAGAGUUUUUGAGGAGCCAAAGCAGCAGGAUCAUGUUGUACCAGAGCCACCAAGAGAAAAAUCAGUGCCUCCACCGCCGCCACCUCCGCCACCUCCAAAGCCAGUUUCCCGUGAGCCGAGCCGUGCUCGUUCGAUGACUCCUGGAACCCGAGAGCGGAAAGAGGUUAAGGGAGGAAUCGGUGGAUUCAAAUCAGAUAUCAUGGAUGAGCUCGAGGAGCAUCAGCGAGUCCGUCAAGAAAGAUCAUCAGUGAAUCGAGAAAUGACUCAAAGCUGUCAUCCUGAUAUGGCUCAAUGGAAGGCCAAUGAGGUUGUCGACAGGGCUUCUGCCAACUCGACACCGUGGAGAGCUGCAUCAGUUGGACCGACGAUGCGGCGACUGGAACAAGUUGUUAGCAGAGUUGAAGGGGAUGAUCAAAAGGAGGCUAACUUUGUUUUCAGACCACAAAAAAUAGUGUACUCAUCUGAGGAAUACCAAAACCGUAAUAAACCAACUGCGGACAAUGGAUUUAUGAUGGGACGAAGCGUAUUCUCACCAGUUGAAGAAGCCGAACAAAUGCGACGAGACAUCAAUAGCAAACAGCAGAGCUACAGUAGUCCACAAUAUCAAAGCGGAAACUGGAUGGAGGGACAACGAUCGAGAAACAUUCAUAACAAGAACGAUCAAGUCUACGACUACCAACAGCAGAAAAAUCCGUUUGGAAGCGCUGCUUACAAAUCAUCACCAUACGCAUCGCACACCGCCCGUCGCAGUAAGACCCCUAUCAGAAAUGCAGAAGCCGAAGGAGGUGUCGAGUCGAUUGCAAGACAGUGGCCACCGGCAAGUAAUACUUCCGCAGCAGCAGCUGGAAAUAAUGGAAGAGAUGAAUGGAUUGGAAAAAGUAUGAGAGGAGUUGAAGAGAAUGACGAUGGAUUGGUGAUGACGAUGUGUAGACGUGUUGUCGAGAAAAAGAAGGAUGAAAAUUGGAAGUGGAGAGAUGAAAGUGGACGACUUUUGGAUGAGAAACAUAAUAAUACUUGGAAGGGAGAACUAGACACUCUUCUCCGUGACGGACCAAACGAAGGUCGACACUGGAGCCGAACUGUCGAGAAAAUGCCAACCGGUGACACACGAUUCCAGGAUGUUAACAGACAAUAUAACAAGGAAUAUGUUGUUGAAAGUAUUGUCCGCAACUAUUGACCGUCGAUUUUUCAAGUUGAAAAAAUUAAAAAAAAAUGUUGGCAAUCUUUUCUUAUUUGAACCCGUUUUUGGACUGCAAUUUAAUUAUAAAUAAAGUUAAAUAUUUAACAAUAAUCACAAAGAUUGCCAUCAGAUUAUCUAGAACCACAGCAAAUUC